UUGGCCGAGGCGCGGGCGCUGAGGCCGCCGAUUGGCUGGAACGGGGAGGGCGGAAGUGGAGGGGCGGUGACGGGAAAGAUGGAGGUCGCUCCCCAGGACUACCGGAACGUUCCCAUCGACAUCCAGACCGGCAAGCUGCUGGACUGGCUGCAGGACCGGCGGCACUGCGGGCGCCGCUGGCCCGCGCAGGUGGCGCAGGUGCGGGAGCGGAUCCGCGCGGCGCUGCAGGACAUGCCCGAGCACCCCGAGAUCCGAGCGCUGCUCCAGGACUCCUACCUGCACUACUUCCACUGCCUGCGCAUCGUGGAGAUCCUCAAGGGCACCGAGGCCUCCACCAAGAACCUUUUCGGCCGCUACUCGUCCCAGAGGAUGAAGGACUGGCAGGAGAUCGUGUCCCUCUACGAGAAGGACAACGCCUACCUGGCCGAGCUCUCCAGCCUGCUGUGCCGCAGCGUCAGCUACGAGGUGCCGGCGCUGCGGCGGCAGCGGGGCCGCUGGCAGCAGGCGCAGCAGGAGCUGGCGCGGCGCGAGGACGAGUGCCAGCUGCGGGCGGGCGAGCUCCGAGAGCGCUUCCUCAGCUCCUGCCGCCAGUACGGCAUCGCCGGCGAGGACGUGCACCAGGAGCUGCUGGCACAGGCACAGGCGCUGCCGUCGCUGCUGUCCCGUGUUGGGGACGGCGCCAGCGCCCUCGGGGACGCCAUCGAGCUGUACCAGGCCUGCGUGGCCUUCGUGUGUGACAGCCCCGGGGCCGCGGCGCUGCCGCUGCUCCGCCACGUCGCGUCCCACGGGAACUCGUCGGUGUUCCGGUGGCGAACGGGGCGGGAGCCGCAGCGCCUGGAGCGGCCCGAGCCCCCGCGGGCACCGGAGCGGCCGGGGGGCGACACGGGCGGGGACGCGGCGGGGGACACGAUCGACUGGGGGGAUUUCCCCGCCGAGCCGCCCCGGGGUGGGGACACCGGCGGUGGUGGCGGUGACACCGUCUGCGACAUCGCGGUGCCGGCCGGGCCCCAGGGGGACGAUGGCAUCGACUGGGGCGAUGGAGAGAAGGGACAGGAGGGGACAAUCCCAGCAGAGCCCAGCCCCCAGGUGGGUGACAUCCCCAGAGCCAGGGGUGUCCCUUUGUCCCCAAACCCCCUUUGUCCCCCUUUGUCACCCUCUGUUCCUCAGGGGGACGAUGGCAUCGACUGGGGUGACGAAGGGGGACAGGAGGGGACAAUCACCGUGCUGGAGGCUGGAACUGAGGCCCCCGAGGACGUUGCCCGUGGCUCGGACGCGCUGACCCUGCUGGAGAACCCCGAGACACGGAACCAGUUCAUCGACGAGCUGAUGGAGCUGGAGCUGUUCCUGGCGCAGCGGCUGCAGGAGCUGGAGGACGAGGACGAUGUGGUGGCCAUGUCGCAGCUGCAGAUGGCCCCGGCGGCGCUGCAGGGCCAGAGCCACCAGCGGCUGCAGGCGCAGCUGGGCACUGCACGGGAGCUGCUGGGGCAGCUCUGCUCCCGCAGCACGCAGCACCUCUGCAUGAUCCUCGCCUCGCCCAGGUACGUGGGCCGCGUGGCUGCGUUGCUGCGGCAGCGUUUGCUGCAGGCUGAGCUGCUGCAGGCCAAGCGAGCGGCGCUGGCGCAGCGGCGCAGUCGGGCCCUGGCCGAGCAGGCGGCGCUGGAGCCGCGGCUGCAGCGGCUGCAGGAGAGCGCGCGGGAGCUGCAGCGGCUGAUCGAGGCCGACAUCUCCAAGCGCUACGGGGGGCGCCCGGUGAACCUGAUGGGCGUCAACGUGUGACACUGAGGACAUCCAUGUGACACUGGGGACAUCAGAGUGUGACACUGUGACACCUGGGGACACGGGGGGUCCCCAGGGUGUCCUGCCCCUCCUAGCCCCCCCUGCGCACCCGGGGGUGUCGCCGAAUAAACCCAAAUUUGGUGUCA